AUGGGGAAGCCAUACCUGUACCAUAAGGGGAAGCCCUACCUGUACCUUAAGGGGAAGCCAUACCUGUACCAUAAGGGAAAGCCAUACCUGUACCAUAAGGGGAAGCCCAACAUGUACCCUAAGGGGAAGCCCUACAUGUACCAUAAGGGGAAGCCCUACAUGUACCAUAUGGGGAAGCCCUACCUGUACCAUAAGGGGAAGCCCUCCCUGUACCAUAAGGGGAAACCCUACCUGUACAAUAAGGGGAAGCCCUACCUGUACCAUAAGGGGAAACCCUACCUGUACUAUAAGGGGAAGCCCUACCUGUACCAUAAGGGGAAACCCUACCUGUACCAUAAGCGGAAGCCCUACCUGUACCAUAAGGGGAAACCCUACCUGUACCAUAACGGGAAGCCCUACCUGUACCAUAAGGGGAAACCCUACCUGUACUAUAAGGGGAAGCCCUACCUGUACCAUAAGGGGAAGCCCUAUCUGUACCAUAAGGGGAAGCCCUACCUGUACCAUAAGGGAAAACCCUACCUGUACCAUAAGGGAAAGCCCUACUACCUGUACCAUAAGGGGAAGCCCUACCUGUAUCAUAAAGGGAAGCCCUACUACCUGUACCAUAAGGGGAAGCCCUACCUGUACCAUCAGGGGAAACCCUACCUGUACCAUAAGGGAAAGCCAUACCUGUACCAUAAGGGGAAGCCCUACCUGUACCAUCAGGGGAAACCCUACCUGUACCAUAAGGGAAAGCCAUACCUGUACCAUAAGGGGAAGCCCUACCUGUACCAUAAGGGGAAGCCCUACUACCUGUACCAUAAGGGGAAGCCCUACCUGUAUCAUAAGGGGAAGCCCUACUACCUGUACCAUAAGGGGAAGCCCUACAUGUACCAUAUGGGGAAGCCCUACCUGUACCAUAAGGGGAAGCCCUACAUGUACCAUAAGGGGAAGCCCUACCUGUACCAUAAGGGGAAGCCCUACAUGUACCAUAUGGGGAAGCCCUACCUGUACCAUAAACUCCUCCGAUAUAUGAAGCUCUUACUGUUCAGCAAUUCAAAGCUUGAUACUAGGAUUAAAAUGUAG